AUUAUUAGGUAAUCUGUGAUGUUAUGAUUUUCUUCUAAGCAAUAACCUUAUAAGUUUAAAUAAAAAUAUCGUGAUUUCGUUAUUAGUUAGGUUCCGGUAAUCAUAAUUCUUAUUUUAAAAAUUAUAAUUAUUAAGAACGAUACACAUUAUGUUUCCAAGAAUAAUUUUAAAUCGUAUAUUUAAAAAUGUAACAAUAAUACCUCGAUAUAAUUCUACAGCAGCAAAACCAUUGGAACACUCAGAUAAUAAUGAGGUGAUUUUAAAGGCCAAAUCUUCACCUUUGGACCACCCAGACUAUUUCCAAGUCCAUAGUUUAUUCAAUGUAAAGGACUUAUUUGAUGCCAGAGUUCAUUUUGGACACAAGGAGGGCUCUCUGAAUGAAUUAAUGGCACCUUACUUAUAUGGUUCUAGACAGGGUCAUCUUAUAUUUGAUCUUGAUGUUACUGCUGAACAUCUUCGGAGAGCUCUUAACUUUACAGCACACAUAGCCUAUAGAGGUGGCAUUAUUUGCUUUUUUAAUAGGAAUGUCUUGAAUGCUCACAUUGUUGAAAAAACUGCAUUAGAGUGUGGGGAAUAUGCUCACACAAGAUUUUGGAAAGGAGGUAUAUUUACAAAUGCAAACCAUCAAUUUGGUGCCAUCACUAGGCUACCAGAUCUAUGUAUAUUUUUGAAUACACAGAACAAUAUUCUUAAUCAACACACUGCAGUUAGAGAUUGUGCCAAAAUGUUAAUACCAAGUAUAGGUAUUGUUGAUACAAAUUGUAAUCCUAACUUGAUAACAUAUCCAGUACCUGGAAAUGAUGAUACCCCAGUUGCUGUUGAGUUGUAUUGUAAAUUGUUUAAAGGAGCCAUUCAAAGGGGUAAGGAGGCAAGAUUAAAAUUUUUACAAGAAGCCGAAGAACAAGGAACAUUUGCUUAGUUAGACUUUAAUUUCUAAAUAUAAAUAAUAGUAAUUAAUAACAACAAUA